GGGCCUCGCGGCGGUCCAGCCCAACGCCACCCGGCGGCAAACCCGCAGCGUCCCCGUCGCCUGCCCGCAGUCCUUUGAAAGACGGCGGGAGGCAGUGAUCGCCAUGGCGAGCCUGGGGCGCCUGCUGUGCGUGCUGUGCCUGGUGUGGUGCGGGGCAGACGGCCUCGAGGACUUGUCGAGGCCGGUCACGACCGCCACCAAGAAGCCCAUCAUCGGAAUAUUAAUGCAAAGGUCCCAUAAUAAGCACAUAAAAAAACUGGGGAAAUACUAUAUUGCUGCAUCCUAUGUUAAGUAUUUGGAGUCUGCAGGUGCAAGAGUUUUACCAGUAAGGAUUGAUCAGUCAAAGGAAGAGUAUGCAAGGCUUUUCAAAUCUAUUAAUGGGAUCCUUUUCCCUGGAGGAAGUGCUAAAAUUCAGACGUCAAAUUAUUCUAAUGUGGCCAAAUUAUUUUACAAGCUUGCCAUACAGAGUUUUGAUGAUGGAGACUAUUUUCCUGUGUGGGGUACAUGCCUUGGAUUUGAAGUGCUUUCCUAUUUGACAAGUGGAGAACUUUUAUUAACUGAGACAAAUACUUCCGGAAUAAAACUGCCACUGAACUUCACCGAAGCUAUGUUACAGAGCAGAAUGUUCGAGAAUUUUCCUGCUGAAUUAUUGCUAUCAUUAGCAGUGGAGCCUUUGACAGCAAAUUUCCACAAGUUGGGCCUCUCAAUGAAGAAUUUUUCUGAGAAUGAAAAACUAAACAAAUUUUACAAUGUAUUAACGACAAAUUCAGAUGGCAAGAUAGAAUUUAUUUCAACAAUGGAAGCGUAUCAUUAUCCAAUAUAUGGUGUCCAGUGGCAUCCAGAGAAACCACCUUAUGAGUGGAAGGAUUUAGCUGGCAUUAGUCAUGCACCCAAUGCUGUGAAGGCUGCAUUUUAUUUAGCAGAGUUCUUUGUUUCUGAAGCUCGGAAAAAUAAUCACAAUUUUCCAUCUUCUGCUGAAGAAAAUAAACAGCUGAUUUAUCAGUUCCAGCCCAUUUAUUCUCUAAAUUUUUCUUCCUUUCAGCAAGUUUACGUCUUUAAUUGAAAGCCUUCACUGUCCUAACAAAGACAUUUUAAACAAUUCCAUAAUUAAACUGUUAAAACAACUUGCCAUUCAUGGCAGUAAUAAUCA